AUGGCAGCUGGGAACACUUCCGAGCCUGGAGCUGGAACCAAGGAGCGAGCACUUGGUUUGGUUCCAGGGGACAGGCUGUUGGAGGUCAAUGGCAUGAAUGUAGAGAACAAGUGCAGGGAUGAGAUCGUAGAGAUGAUUCGUCAGUCUGGAGACGUGGUCCACCUCAAGGUCCAGCCGAUCAUUGAGCUGAGUGAGCUGAACCGCCUUUGGAUGAGGAGCACAGAAGUCCUGAACAAAGACAGCUUUGAUCUGCUGUCCUUCUUCUAUCACAUUACACCUCUCCACUGCCCAGUCCUCAGUUUUGACAUGCGCUCCAGGACCCCGCCCAGAGAGGAGGUCAACAUUGAACACCAGUCAGAUUCUGAUGUGGAUAAUAGUCAGCCUGAGGCAGUCUCCAAGCCGGUGCUAGAGGCAGAAAAACCUCCACAGUCGGCAUCGCCUCCUGACCAGAGCAACGGCAACACUGCCAUGGGCGGUCCGGAUACUCCAGGGGAGGAGAAGGACAAGAAGGUGAUCAGGGUGGUGAGGAGAGUGGUGAGGCGUGUGGUUCCCUCAGCACCAGAAGAGCCAAAACAAGAAGAGGUUGCAGAUGGUGCCAAGUCAGCUGCCACUGCUGACAAAGAUGAUAUCUCCAUGGGGCUGACCAGUUUAAUGGGCAGGGGGCGAACCAAGGAGCACCGGAUUCGUACUCGCACCUUGGAUGCUAAGCAGGAAGAACAAAAGGAAGAGGAGACCACUUCCACAACAACAUCAACAUCAGCAAAGCCCAAUCCACUCACUCCUACAACUGGGUUUAUUCCCAAUCCAAAACCUGACCCGUUAGCUCCUCCACCCGGGUUUAUACCUGCUCCUAAGCCUAAAGCAGACCCUCUCGCCCCACCUGUAGGAUUCAUUCCUACUCCCAAACCAGACCCUCUGGCUCCUCCGACUGGUUUUGUCCCGCCUCCUAAACUGGACCCUCUGGCUCCUCCAGCGGGCUUCAUCCCUGCUCAUAAACCAGUUUCUAAACAGAAUCAGUUACCACGGAUCGCAGGUUUUCUCCCGGCUCCUAAGCCUGACCCUUUAAGCCCUCCUGCAGGGUUCAUACCACGGCCAAAGUCUCAAGCCACUAUGGUGAAGAGGCCAGAGGUAAAAGAGGCUUCAUCCAAUGAUCCAUUAUCCCAGACUCAGAAUGAACAAUCCUCUCCGAAGGUUCCAGAGCUGAUUCCCACAGAGGAAGACCACAAGCGUGUAAUGAGGAUCUUUGCUGCCAAUAACAACAAUUCCAAACCAGUUCAGGACCCCGUGGCCAUUCUUCAGGCAGCUCACUCAGCAGCAAAGAGCAAGACAGAGGAUCAGAUCACAGCUGAGAAGGCUUGGUACAACACUGAAAGAGUAUGGCUGGUCCACAAGGAUGGGUUUUCAAUGGCGACUCUCCUGAAGACAAAAGCAGGCAGUCUGCCAGAAGGGAAGGUGAAAAUUCGCCUGGAGAGUGAUGGAUCUUUAUUGGAUGUGGACGAAGAUGAUGUAGAGAAGGCAAACCCUCCGCUGUUCGACCGCGUGGAGGACCUGGCCUCUCUGCAGUAUCUCAAUGAGUCAAGCGUGAUGCAUUCUCUCCGCCAACGCCACGGGGCCAACUUGGUGCACACCCACGCCGGACCCAGCAUGGUGGUCAUUAACCCCAUUAGUGCUCCGUCCAUGUACUCGGAGAAGGUGAUGCAAAUGUUCAAAGGCUGCCGGAGAGAGGAUGCAGCCCCUCAUAUCUACAGCAUGGCCCAGACCGCCUACCGAAACCUCCUCACGACUCGCCAAGACCAGUCCAUUGUCUUACUGGGAAAGAGUGGCAGCGGCAAGACCACCAGCUGCCAGCACAUUAUCCAGUACCUCUUUACAAUUGCUGGUUGUACCAAUAAAGGCUUCUCCUCAGAGAAAUGGCAGGCGGUGUACACAGUUUUGGAGGCCUUUGGAAAUGCGUCCACUUGUUUGAAUGGGAAUGCGAGUCGAUUUUCGCAUAUUAUUUCAUUGGAUUUCGACCAGUCUGGACAGGUUACGUCUGCAUCUAUACAGACCAUGCUACUGGAGAAAGCAAGAGUGACGAAAAGACCAGAAGGAGAGUCGACUUUCAAUGUGUUUUAUUACCUAAUGGCUGGACUGGAUAGUUCUCAAAGAACGGAGUUACAUUUGAAUCAUUUUUCCGAGAACAAUGGUUUUGGAAUGAUGCCUCAAACAAAGGCGGACGACAAGCAGCGUGCAACUCAGCAAUUCUCCAAGCUUCAAGCGGCCAUGAAGGUUUUAGGCAUAACUCCAGACGAGCAGAGGGCCUUCUGGCUUGUUCUUGGUGCCAUCUACCACCUUGGAUCAGCUGGAGCAACCAAAGCUGGCAGGAAACAAUUUGCACGUCAUGAGUGGGCCCAGAAGGCGGCCUACCUGCUGGGCUGCACCCUGGAGGAACUCUCCUCUUCCAUCUUCAAGCACCAGGCCAAGGGCACCCUGCCCAGAUCCAGCACCGCACGCCAGGUCCCAGAAGAGAACGGAGGUGGGGAAGCAGGGUCUAAAGCUACUGCUAUGGAGUGUUUGGAGGCCAUGGCAUCAGGGCUCUACUCUGAGCUGUUUUCGAUCCUCAUUUCAAUGAUAAACCGAGCUUUAAAGUCCAACCAACACUCGCUGUGCUCCUUGCUCAUUGUGGACACUCCGGGCCUGCAGAACCCUCGCCUGGCCAAGCGAGAGUGUGGAGCCACUUUUGAAGAUUUGUGCCACAACUACACCCAGGAACGACUGCAAACAUUGUUCUAUCAGCGAACCUUUGUGCAAGAACUGGAGAGAUACAAGGAGGAGAACAUCGAGCUGGCCUUAGAUGACACAGAACUCAGCACCUCCUUGUCUGUGGCAGUAGUGGAUCAAGCCUCGAGCCAAGCGUUGGUGCGGACUAGUCGCACAGAUGAGGCCAGAGGCUUGUUGUGGCUGAUGGAGGAAGAGGCACUACAACCAGGGGGAUCAGAGCAGACUCUUCUGGGACGCUUGUUCAGCUACUACGGCCCAGCGGAGGGGGAGAGCAAAGGUCACACGUUCCUCCUGAAGAGUGAGAAGGAGCUCCACUUCCUCCUGGGUCACAGUCAUGGUACAGACUGGGUGGAGUACGACACUCGCGGGUGGCUCAACUACGCCAAGCACAACCCUGCCGCUUCUAAUUCUGCUUCCAUCUUACACGACUCCCAGAAAAAGAUCAUCAGUUCAUUGAUCAUGAGCCGAGCUGGAGGGGCCACAGUCCUGUCUGGCCACAACUCCGUGAAGCUGAUCAAGUUCGCGGACGACACCACCCUCAUUGGACUCAUCUCCAACAAUGAUGAGUCCGCCUACAGGAGGGAGGUGGACCGGCUGGUGUCCUGGUGCAGUGGUAACAACCUGGAGCUGAACGCCCAGAAGACAGUGGAGAUGAUUGUGGACUUCAGGAAGAGCACUGUCCCCCCACCCCCACCCUCCGUGAUGGACUCCCCCAUCACCUCUGUGGAGUCCUUCCGUUUCCUGGGCACCACCAUCACCCAGGACCUCAAGUGGGAGCCGACCAUCAGCUCCCUCAUCAAGAAGGCCCAGCAGAGGAUGUACUUCCUGCGGCAGCUCAGGAAAGCCAAGCUGCCUGCACAGAUGUUGGUGCAGUUCUACACGGCCAUCAUCGAGUCCAUCCUCACCUCCUCCGUCACCGUGUGGUUCGCUGGAGCCACAGUCAGGGACAAAUAG